AUGCUGGCAUUUCAGUACGAAUCUCCCAAAGAGGGCCUAAAGCUUUGCAGAAUCCCAAUACCCGAGCCUGGCCCCGGUUCAGUGCAGAUCCGUGUGAAGGCGGCAGGAUUAUGCCACUCGGACUGUCAUGUCAUCAAUGGACACGACGGUAUGCUUGUCAAGAAGCCAAUCACGCUAGGCCACGAGGCAUCAGGCAUCAUAACCGCCAUCGGUGCCAAUGUGGUCGAAUACCGCCCUGGCGACCGCGUCGCCGUGUCACUUCUCGCGUAUCCGCUCAACAUGGACGUCAGGGGUUGGGCGAUGGCCAUAGGAUUCGGAUUUGACGGCGGCUACGCCGAGUACGUCGUCGCACCAGUGAUCCGACUCGUACGGAUCCCUGAUGGUGUUCCUUUCUCCCAGGCCGCGGUUGCGACGGAUGCGAUGGCCACAGCGUACCAUGCCGUAGUGGUUGAAGCUGGCGUAUAUCCCGGCGCAACGAUCGGGGUUGUCGGCAUUGGCGGCCUCGGGAUGCAAGGUCUUCGUUUUGCAGCACUCAAAGGCGCCACGGUCUACGGCAUCGACAUCGUGGACUCCAAGUUCGCGCGUGCCAAACAAUUCGGCGCUCGCGGGUGUUUCAAGACUUUGAAGGAGGCCGGGGAUAUUGCUUUCGAUAUAAUAGUCGACUUUGUUGGCGCCAAAGAGACAACGAGAUUGGCCCUUGAACGUGUCAAAGAAGGAGGCAAGGUCGUACUUGUUGGACUGGCUGCGGGAAACGUGACCAUCUCGAGCACCGACUUGGUCGCACGUAGCAUCACACUGGUUGGGUCAUUAGGUGCUAGCGAAGCUGAUUUGAAGAAUGUAUUAGAGCUGCUCUCAAAGAAGGAAAUCGAGCCGCACAUGGAGGAAAUUCCUUUUGCAGAUAUCCCGGCCGGGCUUAAUGCCCUUGGUAUGGGUAAAGUUCAAGGAAGGCUUUGGACGGAUCCGAGCAAGCUCAGAAAAAGAUCUAGUCAGCUGUAG